AUCCAGCAUUUCCUGCGCGCACGAGUUUACCUCUGGAGGUCACCAGGCAGGAUUUACGACUGGUCAACAAAAGCACGUGAUUCCGCCUCGUACCCCAUAUUUGGGUGCCUACGUAAGAGAGAAUCAAGUCCAUGUCCCACUCAUUUCCAUAAUUCAUCAUAAAUUGUGCACAGGGCGCUAUAGGACGCGCUAAACCAUAAGAGCCACAAAUCAAGCGCGCGGGUUUUUAUGCUGUUUACGUCCUAAAGCAACAAAAAACAACAACAACAACCUGCAACCAGCAAAAGCGGCGGAAGUGUCAACAAAUGAGCUCCUAUUUUGUGAACUCAUUCUGCGGUCGCUAUCCCAACGGCGCGGACUUUCAGUUACAUAAUUAUGGAGACCAUAGUUCGGGAAACGAGCAAUACAGGGACUCGACCGCCAUGCACUCCGGCAGGUACGGCUAUGGCUACAACGGCAUGGACCUGACAGUCGGUCGGACCGGCAGCGGACACUUUGAGCGGACGCCGGGCUACUCCCCGAGCCACUCAGCGGCGGCCACCCCCGCCUCCGUGGACCCGGUCAGCUACAACCAGCCCGCCGGCGGCAGCGGCGGCGGCAUCAACUCGUCCCUGUCGCCCCCUCCCGAGCCUCCGCUCCCCUGCGCCUCGGUGGCCAGCAGCUCGUCGCCGGUCGCCGAGACGCAGCCUCAACACAGAGCCGUGAAGAACUCCGUCCCGGCGCCGUGCUCCGGCUCAAACGGAGGAGGAGGAGGUGGAGGAGGAGGAGGAGGCACGCUGCUGCUCAGCCGGGACUGUGUGUCCAGCAAAGCCUCCCCCCUGGAGGAGGAAAAACCUGCGGGAAGCGCAUCGACAGCCACCCCUCAGAGCGCSAACGACUCCACGCAACCUCAGAUCUACCCGUGGAUGAGAAAACUCCACAUAAGUCACGAUCUGUCUGGACCUGAGGGGAAGCGAGCCAGAACCGCGUACACCCGGUACCAGACCCUAGAGCUGGAGAAGGAGUUCCACUUCAACCGGUACCUGACCCGCAGGCGGAGGAUCGAGAUCGCCCACGCCCUCUGCCUCUCAGAGAGACAGAUCAAGAUCUGGUUCCAGAACCGGCGGAUGAAGUGGAAGAAGGACAACAAGCUGAAAAGCAUGAGCAUGGCAGCCGCAGGAGGGGGACUUUACAGGCCUUGAUGCUCACACCUCUCCUGACAAGCACGAAAAAAUAAUAAAAAAAGAAACAAAAAAGAAAAAAAAUCUAAUAAUUAAAAGAAGAGAUGAAAUAUUUCUCUUAUUCCAAGUGAAAAAAGCGCAGAGACUGUUGACGCAGGGUUCUGCAGCAGGAUUAUGUAUAAUUUCCUUUAUAUUCUCACCGUGUUAAUGCUUAUGUGAGUUUAAAAAAAUGAUCAUGUACAGUUCUGUUUAGAAUUUAGGGGGAAAGGAGAGGAAAAUAUGAAAAAAAAGGUGUUUAAAUUAUUUCUUGCUUAAACGAGAAAGAAGAAGAAGAAAAAAAAAAACUCUUGAAAACAUCUCCCGCAAACAAAUUCAGUAAUUUCUGUGAUGCACUCAGCAGUUCAAUAAUAAAUAGAAGGUUUGUGUUGGUUAUUUUUUUUCUUGUAUGUAAUGUAUAUUAAAUGUAUGUAUUUAUUUGUUUGAUGUAUUGUGCCAACUUGUCAGAAAACUUGCUUCCAGAAGUAGAACCAGCCAGAUAAGCAUCGUGUGUUUGCUUUUUAAAUGUGUGUGUGUGUGUGUGAGAGAGAAUACAUGUGUGAACAGAGCUUCACCCUUGUGUGUGUACAGUAGCUGUUUUCUUUGUUUAUCCGCAGGAUUUGACUUGCUCACCUGGGCGCAGCAUCUUCUAAAAAAGGCAUUUUUUUUCUCGCUGUUUCUCACGUGAAAAGGUCCCACAGUAAAAAAUAAAUAAAAAGGAAAAAA